CAUUCUUUCCAGUCUUCCACACUUGCAGUAGUAUGACAAACCCAACGUGAAUCCGGAACUUGAAGCUACUCAAUUUUUUCCUCCUCUUAACGGUUAAUUAAAUUAGGGUUUUCGAUUUCGGUUUCAGAAGAGACUUAGCACUCUCCAAUGGCGACGAGGGUCCACCAAUUCUUCGACGAACUCGAAGCGAAGAAAACCAUUCUCGCCAAAUGCACCGACCUCUUCACCACCCUCUCCACCCACUUCUCCUCCCUCCAACACUCCGUCGCCGAGAAAUCCCAAUCCCUCGAUUCAAAGCUCCAAUCUCUCGAUUCCCUCUCCAAAGAAACCCUCGAAUCCCUCCACCGCCGCGAGACCUCCAUCCCGGAGCGCGAGUCCUCCGCCGCCGCCCGCAUCAAGGAGCAGAGGGAGGCCGCGCUCGCAGAGCUCCUCCGCGCCACGCCUCCCCCGGACCCCGACCUCUCCGCCACGCUCAAAUCCCUGUGGAGGAAGAUGGACGCAGCGGCGCUGCUGCGGUUCGUGGUGUCGAAGCGGAAGGAGUCGGCAUCACUGCGGGCGGAGAUAGCGGCGGCGAUGGAGGAAGCGGUGGACCCGGCGCGGCUGGUGGUAGAGGCAGUGGAGGAGUUUCUGAAGAGCAAGGUGGCGAAGUCCGGGGUGACGGAUAAGAGGUGGGCGUGCGGGCUUGUGAUACAGGCGCUGAUGGUUUCGUCAGAGUCAAGGGAACAUUCUAGAAAGAUCGUGGAGAGAGCCGUUGCGGUUGUGGAAACGUGGAAGGAGCAUUUGGAUGGGGAAUCAGAGAGUGGUGCUGCCGAAGUCGUCAUGUUUCUGCAGAUGGUCGUGUGUUUCGGAUUGAGGUCUAGGUUUGAUGAUGACUAUUUGAGGAACUUCGUUAUGCAAUUUGCUUCUAGAAGGGACAUGGCAAAGCUUGCUGCUUCCUUACAAUUCGGCGACAAGAUCAUAGAUAUUAUAGAUGAACUAAUUAAAAAUGGCAAAGAGAUAGAAGCUGUUUAUUUUUCUUCAGAAUCUGGUUUGACUGAAAGAUUUCCUCCAAUCGACCUACUCAAGUCCUACCAUCGGAACUACAAAAAGAAUGUUAGUGCCAUAUUCAAAAAGGGAAACAACAAUCAUGCUACUAUGGAUGAUUCAAGCACUUCGGAGUUGAAUUCCAUUAAGGCUAUAAUCAAAUGUGUAGAAGAUCACAAGCUUGAAUCAGAAUUUAACCUUGAUAAUUUGAGGAAGCGAGCUACCCUUCUGGAGAAAGCUAAGGCCGAAAAGAAAAAGGGUUCAACAUCCAGAAGUAAACCUCAGAACAAGCGAGGCAGUGGAUCCAGCUCUUCACGUCCAGCCAAAUCAGCCAAAUUUAACAGUGCACACUCAUCAUCUUUCAGUCGCAGGAACCUGGCACCUUCUCUACAACCCAGUCCUGGUGCAAGAUUUUCUGCUCCAUUCAACUACCCCAGCCAAACCAUAUACAAUGGUGCAACUGCUAAUCCUUAUGCAGCAACCUAUGGAACUUCCCACACUCAAAGCCCGGCUGGAAUAACACAACAGCACUACUCUAUUCCUGUUGACAAUUUGGGUCCGUCUGGUUACCGGUCUAGUGGUUCUUAUUCAGGACAGACUAGCUAUGGCCUAUACGACUACAGAAAUGGUGCUCCUCCAACUUAUCCACCUCCAUACUCAGUAGAUGAAACCACCUACAGGGGAUAAGUUUUCGUCCUACGUAUCCUUUUUCUUCCCGUUGUUUACUUUAGAUGCUACUUUCAUUUAGUUUACUUCCUGUUUUGUGAUGCUAAAAUUGGAAAAUAUAAUAGGUUCCUGGGAAUAGUACUUAUUCAAAUACAUAGAUAUAUGAUGCCAACCGCAGACAAGGCAAAGUUCGUUCUUUUUUUUUUUUUGAAGUUUUGACUUUUUCUUUUUGAAUGUAAUUAAUUUCCCCUUUUCUUCGCUAGAGCUAUUAGUCAGAGGUUUGUUUCACCUUUUCCUUUUAUUUGUUAUAGGCUAUUUUCUACAUUUUCAUGCCGUUUCAAUGUAUUUCCAAAUUAGCGUCUAAAAGAACUGCUAAAAAUGCUAUUCUAGUUAUAACUUA